AAAAGGUCCGCUUCAUUGAUAUAUAAGGGGCUACAGGCAGCGCCGCUGUUGCAGAAGCUCGAAGUCGCUGCUUCUUCACCAUGUCUGGUCGCGGCAAGGGCGGGAAGGGCCUGGGCAAGGGCGGCGCCAAGCGCCACCGCAAGGUGCUGCGCGACAACAUCCAGGGCAUCACCAAGCCCGCCAUCCGCCGCCUGGCCCGGCGCGGCGGCGUCAAGCGCAUCUCGGGGCUCAUCUACGAGGAGACCCGCGGCGUGCUCAAGGUCUUCCUCGAGAACGUCAUCCGCGACGCCGUCACCUACACGGAGCACGCCAAGCGCAAGACGGUCACGGCCAUGGACGUGGUCUACGCGCUCAAGCGCCAGGGACGCACGCUCUACGGCUUCGGCGGCUGAGCUGCCCCGGCGGCCCGAGACCCUCCACCCAAAGGCCCUUUUCAGGGCCACCCAUCUCAUCACAAGAAGGGCUGUUUACGCGACCGACAAGGUAACGUCCCGAACUCACUGAGUGGCCCAUGACGCGCCGAUAGCUUAGCGACGCGCGCGUUUGCCUUUGUUCGCGGCGUUGGCGGGUGUCGCCCAAGAUGGCGGGUCCCGCGCAGGAACAAAGGGCGGGCACGCGGCGCAGGCCUGGCCCGAGCCUGGCCCGAGCCUGGUGGCCCAGGGCGAGCUGCUGUAAGUGAGGCGCUGUGCCAGUGGUUUGAUCACAGCCAAGACUAACCCGAUACUCUGGCAGGGCAUGUAGCCCUUUAAGAAAAGUCCUGGUAUAGCCCCGCAUUUUAAGUGCGCCGCUAGGUAUUAAGCCCAGUCCUGUAGUUUUGGUGUAUUGGGGUUUUAACCCUUGCCUGAGGGUCUGUUGGUGCAUUCUUAAAGGCCAAAUUAAAAAUGGCAUUACUCCCCAGAGGCUCCUCUUUACCUAGGAUUGUGUUGUCUUGGUAAGCUUCUGUUAAUAACAGAUUUCCCAUUGAAUCAAAGGUAAAGGAAUAACCCCAGUCUAUCUGAAUGUCUCGCUAGUAGUUUCUGUGGCUUCUGUGCCAGCUUGCGAUCUUUUUUUGAUCUUUCUUGUUAGCCCUCCCUAUACUGUUAAACCUUUAUUCCUGGCCCUGAUCCUAUGUUCGUCCUGGUUUUUCCUAAUAAAUUCUUGCACUUUGUGGUAGAUCCUCGAGUCUCAGAAUGUGUUGUAAAUAAAGACCUAUAAUCCAGGCACCAAAAAGAGAAAACACCAGUCCUGUAACCUUAUUAUCAAGGCCCUGUAGUGACCACAGAUAAUCACACGCUACCCACAUUCUUUCAACUUUAUAAUCCGCCUUGCAUUACAGUAGAUAGAGCAACUUGAAAAUAUUACCAUGCUAUGUAAAAAUACAUAAAUAUCUUCUGGUUCUAUUGUCUGCAUAAUAAGCCCAAUUCUUGUGCUUUAUCAGACACCUGAAUGCCACCAUCUCAUGUACUCCUUCCCCACUAAUGAGCAAUUUCUACAGCAAUGCAUGUUGUGAAUAACUUGUCAUACUAAAGCCUUUUCAUGUCAAACUGUAGGUUUUAUGUAUUUACCUUCCACAAAUAGCCCUCAACACUUUUGGAGAAUUUCCUACACGUUUGCUUUAGAAUUCUACCUGAUUCUCCCAGGCAAAAAUCCUGUUUGGGAUUAGUCUGUACUACACAAAGCACACUUUACCUGCUCCUAGCCCAACCUGACAGUUCUCUUAUAUGGCUUUGGAGUUAAAUGUUGGUAAUGAUUACUGCUUAAUUUCUGCUCAGGAUUUCUUAAGCCUUGGAUAGUGUCUUUUUAGUAUCCUCAAGACCUACAAAAAUUACAGGCAAUGACUGAGUAAAUGUAAUUACUGAAUCAGUGAAACUAGCAAGCUAUCUGGGCCAAGAAUAGACUUGAAUACAAAUAACAAUACCUCUGCUGCCUUAGAACUUUCUUAAGCAGUUUCCUUUACACAAAUGUUGCAUUUCUGACUGCCAACCAUCUGUUGCAGUUUUUAAAAUGCAGAUUGUGAACUAUUUUGUCGGUAAUAAAAUUAAUAGGCCCCAACUAGAGAGAACAGAAUAAAAAGGAAUAACCAAAGUAUCAUGUCUGAGAAAAGUGAAAACUGUCAUAAAAUUUUAGCUUGAAGUGCAUAUGCUUUUUUUUUUUUUUUGCAUGCUUAGGGCUAGUUUAUAAAUACUCCAUUCAAUAAUGCUGUAACACAGAGUUGCAUCAGUGAAAAAAAACUGGCAAAAUCUACCUUUUGCCAUUCAAUUUAUCAGAUGGUGAAAACCAAAACAGAAUGUUCCAUCAGAGCUUUAAUUUUUAAAUACGAUUGUCACAUUGGGAAAAUGAAAUAAACACAGUAAAAUAAACUGUACAAAGGCAAAGUAGAAUAACAAAAAAUAUUUUACUAAAACAUAAGAUUUACAGAAGUUUCCAGACAAGCCAUACAAAAUGGUCACAAGCUGUUUUGAAGGGGGGAAUCUACACUUGACAGCAAAGUCACAAUGUUAUUAGUGAGGGCUGUGAUGUUUGUUUAAUGUUCCCAUUUUGGUUCAAACAAUCAAGCUUGUCCAUCUACAGAGUCUAAAUUGUUAGACUUGGCUAGAGAGCAUAUUCUAAAGAAUUGGUUAGCUGCCUUUAACCAAUGCAAUUAGAUCACCAUAAAGGGGGGGGGGGAGCCCAUAAAAUUAAAAUAAAACAUACCUCCCCCCUAAAAAAAAAUAAAAUAAAA